CCUCCUGGAGGGUUUGUGGAGUGAGCCGGGCGCACAGGGGCGGUUGUGUUUGUGUCCCCUCCGGCUGUCCUUCUUGAGGAAGAGCGGGGUGGCUGGGAGGGAAUGGAGGACCGAGGGUAAUUGUCCCGGAGUGUUCUGGGUGCUCGGAGGCCCUGGUAGAAGAAGUGACCCAGGAGUCGCCGAGCUCGGGAAGCUUGGGGGUGUGGAGAGGAGAAGCCGGUCCUCAACCAACGCCCGGCGCUGGGCGGUUCCGAUGCUAGGCUGCAGAAAUGCUCUGUAUGGUGGGGUGCGGGUGGUCUUUUUCCUCGGCGCGUAGUCGUGCACGCGAGGAGGUGAAAGGGGAGCGGCCUCUCGGCACCUCUUCAGCUCCCUUGUGAGCCUCCCUGUAGGGGUGCCCUGCAAUCCUGUAGGAAUAGGAGACGCUGGCAGAGCCUUGCGUUCAGGUAGCUGUUACCACAUUGAUAUUGAUUAUCGCGUUUGUGCCCUUAAAGUGUAAUUGUGGUCCAGAGGUUUUCGACUGGAGAUUAGACAGCAAUGAUGACACUGAAGAUGUUUCAUUGUUUGAUGCAGAAGAAGAGACAACUAAUAGACCAAGAAAAUCCAAAAUCCGAGGGCUUCUUCAAAUAGUGGGUCUUAAGAGAGACAUCCAGUGGCAUCAUUUUUCCAUUUGUUCUUCCGAGUCAGUGCCAUUAUAGUCUAUCUUCUCUGUGAAUUGCUCAGCAGCAGCUUUAUUGCCUGUAUGGUGACAAUUAUCUUGUUGUUGUCAUGUGACUUUUGGGCAGUGAAGAAUGUCACAGGUAGACUGAUGGUAGGCCUUCGGUGGUGGAAUCAUAUUGAUGAGGAUGGAAAGAGUCAUUGGGUGUUUGAGUCCAGGAAGGCAUCUCCUCAGGAGAAUAAAACUGUUUCAGAAGCUGAAUCAAGAAUCUUUUGGUUAGGACUAAUUGCCUGUCCAAUACUGUGGGUGAUAUUUGCCUUUAGUGCUCUCUUCUCCUUCAGAGUAAAAUGGUUGGCUGUGGUUAUCAUGGGUGUGGUACUACAGGGUGCCAACCUGUAUGGUUAUAUCAGGUGCAAAGUGGGCAGCCGGAAGAAUUUAACCAGCAUGGCUACCUCGUAUCUUGGAAAGCAGUUUUUAAAACAAAACACCGGAAAUGAACAGACUUCUUGAAUAGAGAGAAAAUUAUGUUUUCUGUGAUAUUGGGGAAUGGCCAAAGAGAUUCUUGAUUAUGAACUGUUUAGAGCUCAGUCCAGUUGCAAAGAGGAGCAUUGUUUUUUUGUUGUUGUUGUUUUGUUUUCACUUACAAAGUUACUAUGAAAACUGUUUUUUUUUAAACAAAGUUUUUAUUUUUAUUUUUUCUAGUAGUUGAGGCUGGGAAGUAUGAUAUCAUUAAAAACAUUGUCAGAAUUUAUUUUAUGGUGUACAUAUGUAUGCAUAUAGUAAAGUAUCCAUAUAUCCCAAAUUAAUGUGUUAGUUUACAUAUGUUACAGAGAUAUUUGCAUUUUGAUCCAUAGAAAAUAGAAUGUUCUUAGUCAAAGGUAUGUGUGUUUACAUACUAUUUCUGUAGGUUAUUUUCAGAAAUAAGUUGAUUCCAUGAUUAAGAGUAAACACUUGGCUUGUGUAUGAGUUAAAAAUUAAAAAAAACUGUUAAAUAAAUACUUUAUGUUGAAAUUGCUUACCUUAGACAUGCACAAGUGAAAACCAAAUUCAAGCUGGUAGUGUUAACUAGUUUCUAAAAUUUAUUUUUUUACUUAAGGCCUAAAUAAUAAAAGGAAUCUUUAUAGUUUAUGUUUAAGGGAUACCCAAGGGAUUGCUGCUGUUCUAGUUAUUUCGUGGAAAGGAUAGUCAGAUUUUAUUUUGGAACUUCCUGGAAACUCUUCAGUGGUCUCUGGACUAAUAAAAUCUUUUAGUACUAAAUGAAUAUUGUUCUUAUGUCAUAGUAAGAAUAAUCAUUUAAAUACUUGGCAUAAUAAAUGCCUAAAGACAUUAUAUGAAUCUAUUUUUUCUUGCUAUAAUGGUGAUAUUGUAAACCAUACCUUUGUAUUAAUAAUAUUUCUUAAACAAGGCAAUAUAUUUAACUGUAAACCAAUCUACAAAUUAUUGUAGGCAGUUGUAAAUUUUGUUGUAGGUACUAGAAACUUUGUUGCAGAGUCUUUUAAUCAGCAGAUUAUGUUGUGAAUGUAUUUGUACAUUGUUAAAAUAUUUUUAAAGAUGUUUUGUUUUAGUUGAAUAAAUGUGUGUUGGAGUGAUAGCUUGGAAGGUGCACAACUUUAUAUUUGUAUAAAACUAUUGUUUACAAAGCACUUGAUGUGUGUAAUCUCAUUUAACCCUCACAACAAACAUUAUACUUUUGAUGAUGUAA